AUGGAAAUUCUCACCACUUCGAUCACAAACGCCUCCAUUGUUAGACCAGUGGGAUUUUACAUAGUCGCAUACACAUACUUAAAGUUUACUGUAUUAUAUUCAAUUUUCCUCACUGUUAUUUAUGUUGUAACAAUUUUGUCCAACUCCUUUAUCCUUACAAUUAUAUGGAUUGAUCAUCGCCUCCACACGCCAAAGUACAUUGCCGUGGCUAAUCUGGCGAUCGUCGACUUGGUUCUCAGUACAACACUUAUUCCUACAAUGAUCAAGGUAUUUUUCACGAAAGAUAACUUUAUUUCUUACAAUGAAUGUUUGACACAGAUGUUUUUUUAUUACUAUUUUGCCUCGCUAGAGUCAUUUUCCCUGACUGUACUUGCAUAUGACAGGUUAAUUGCAAUAUGUUUCCCACUGAGACAGAGCUCGAUCAACACAGUCAGUGUCAUGAUCAGUAUUCUACUGACUAUAUGGUUGGUUUGUCUAAGCAUUGUUUUGUUCGCAGUUAUAAUCAUGACCAGGCUGUCUUACUGUAAUUCCGUCAAAGUGUACAGCCACUUUUGUGCCUACACCCCAAUGUACAGACUAGCUUGCAACGAUAACACAUUGCAGAUUUUCACUGCCUCUUCUCUGAGUUUAAUUAUUGUGUUUGUGCCCCUUAGUUUAAUCGUGAUAUCAUACGUCGUUAUUUUGACAGCAGUGUUUAGAAUGAAAAAGGUAGACAGCAGGUACAAAGCACUCCUAACUUGCACAGAACAUCUUGUUCUAGUAGCGCUUUUCUAUGUGCCGAUGUUGUUUGUGUACAUCAUUGAAUUUUUCUUAUUUCGCCUCGAUUCUGAUGUCAGGAUGGUGAACCUGUCGUUAGCCGCAUGCACCCCACCCUGUCUGAACCCCAUUGUGUAUUCCCUGGCAACCAAAGAAAUAAAGAGCAGAAUACUGGCUAUGCUACGUAAUGUGAAGGUAGCAGUCUGGUCAGGGCAGGUGUAG